CGUGAUGCCGAACCAUACUACGAAUAUUACAAACGCGACGCUAACCACGAAAAACGUGAUGCCGAACCAUACUACUACGAAUAUUACAAACGUGACGCUAACCACGAAAAACGUGAUGCCGAACCAUACUAUUACGAAUAUUACAAACGCGACGCUAACCAUGAAAAGCGUGAUGCCGAGGCCAACCAUGAAAAACGUGAUGCCGAGGCCAACCGUGAAAAACGUGACGCUCACCAAGAAAAGCGUGACGCCCAACCCUACUACUACACUUACUACAAACGUGACGCUCAACCCUACUACUACACUUACUACAAACGUGACGCCCAACCCUACUACUACACUUACUACAAACGUGAUGCCCAACCCUAUUACUACUACUAUUAA